ACGUCAGUUAGUUGUCAAAAUGGCACGUCAGCAACAAGAUGUUGAUGAGCUUUUUGAUGUUAAAAAUGCAUUUUAUGUUGGAAAUUACCAACAAGCAAUAAACGAGGCGCAGAGCGUAUCGCCAUCAACACCGCUCAUAGCCCUCCAACGCGAUGCAUUCCUGUAUCGAUCGUACAUCGCCCAAGGCAACUAUAGGAUCGUGCUGCAAGAACUUAAGACUGCGGAUCCUAUGCUGCAGCCUUUGAAAACAUUAGUGGAGUACCUGUCACCCGGUGCUAACAAACCGGCUAUUGUUGCUGACAUUGAUGCUCGCGUGGCUAAAGGCACAGAGUUGACCAAUGAGAUUUUCCUAAUUGUAGCGGCUAGCAUCUACUACCAUGAGGACAAUUACGAAGCAGCUCUAAAAAUCCUCCACAAUGCUGAGUCUCUAGAACUCCGUGCAUUCACAUUGCAGUGUCUCCUGGCUAUGAACAGACCAGACCUGGCUCGCAAGCAGCUCAAGUUGCUGCAGGAUAUUGAAGACGACAGCACAUUGACACAGCUUGCACAAGCAUGGCUUAACUUGUCGCAGGGUGGACCAGGAGUGCAGGACGCCCACUAUAGUAUAAUGGAGCUGUCGGAGAGACUGGGCGCGCUAGGACCCGGGCCUGCCGCCGUCGGAGCCGCCGCUGCUGCAUCCAGAGGUAUGUGGGAGGAAGCGGAGCAGAUGUUGUCGGAGGCGCAGGUCCGCGCUCCGCAGCAGCCCGACCUACUGCUGGGGCUCGCUGUCACUGCUGCACAUAGCGGGAAGGCACCCGAGGUAUUCAACCGCUACAUCGCCCAACUUCUGGACAGUCACCCAGACCACCCAUUCACCAAGGAGCACCACGCGAAGACCAACGAAUUCAAGCGUCUCGCCGCCCAAUACCAGCCGUCGGUGCCAAGCUAAACAAUAUUGCUAUAGGAAUAGAGUUGAUUAUCACUUGGAUUUAUGUAAUGUAUGUGUACUGAAAGAGUCUAUAUUAUUAUCCUAU